CAGCAACAAGGGACUGGAGCCUACCAGAAUGAACCUCUUCUGCUUUUCACUGGAAGGCUCCAUGGACAGCUUGUAUGAGCCAGUCCCAGAGCAACAGACUAACCAAGAAAGCACUUCUGUCGGGACUGGUUCUGUUAUCUCACCUUUUGGAGAGAGUGGAAAAGCACACGACAAUCUCUUCGUGGAAGUUUCUAACUUUGAGAAUGCACAACCAAAAAGAAAGUCAAUCCGGAGAUCUGUGUCUGAAAACGAAGGAUUUGAAAGGAAAACAGUGAGUGACACAAUCUGGCAGGAACCCCGCAAGCCUGAGAAUGAUUCCCACAUCAGAAGACUCUGUCAGCUAAAAGAUCUAAAUGAAGAUGAUUUUCUUUUGAGUAAUAACAUGCAUACUUUUCAAGGAAAAAAACCACAAGGCAUUUCCUGUCAGGCCGUAAAAUCAGGAGGUGACCUAGCGGAAUCAACAGGGACGUUAAAGAGACUACAGAAACUAGUCUGGGCCAAGAAAGCCAGGGCCCCCAGUCUGAAGGAGAUGAAACCUGCCUUCGUAAAUCUCCAAGAUGAAGAUGAAACAUUGAUUUUCUGUAUGAAAUUAGCCAGAUCCCCAGAAAAGAAAAUUAGUAAUGUUAGCACAAGAGGAAAGGAAGAAAUGGAGAUUGGAUGGGAUUCUAUUUCUGCAUCACGGGCUAGAUCCAGCACUUCAACUGGAUGCAAUUCAGCAGAAAUGUUAUCCCCCAACGAAGGUGAAGUUCAGAUGUGGAACAGCUGGAAGCCUUUUCCAGAAAACCCUCUCUGGACAUGUGUUGAUUUCCCAAUUGCCCAAAUUGGACCCAGGAACAACUGUUUCCGCUGCCCUCACCACCCACAACUGAAGUCUUCUUAUACAGAUAUGGAUCUCCCACACUCUUGGGAUGCGGGAAUUUUUUCCUCCCUGUGGAGAGAUUUAAUGGAUUUGCGGCAUUUUGAAUGA